CGCCAUUAUCUUGCUUUGACUCAAACCACUACCAACCCUCAGAUGACCUUUGGUACGAGACACUGAACAUGCCUUUGACUGAGCAAAGCUCAAGGCUGAAGCAACAGAAAAAAACAGAGGAGCGAGUUCACACAGUUAAAAACUCAUUUUAAGAAACCGAAAACAUGAGUCUGGAAUGUGGGAUGACUUCAAUCAGAUCGACGUCCACACAUUUUUUGUAAAAGCUACAAUGUUUAUAUAGAAUUUUCUUAGGCAGAUGUAGGAUUAUGUUUUCUUUUAUCACAUCGCUCCUGCCGACUUCCUACUUCCUACCAGGGUGGCUGACUCCGGACAUAAAUCCACUGCAUGGCUUGCUUCAAGGGUUGGUGGGCUCAUGUGGGAUCUCCGUGCUGUGCUCUCUGUUGAGGGUGCACUUAUUACUGGAGGAAAGAAAGGAAAACAAUGAUUCAGCCACAUCAGGCGAGAACAGGAGUUCAUCGGGUUAUCAAAUAAAGACAAAAACUGGGCUUGUUGGGAUGCUCCAGUUUUGCUUUGUGACUGGGAUACUGGCUAUAGUGGGAUCGCGUGUGGCAUCACUGGUCAUACUUGAAUUUUGCCUUCGGGCCAUUUCUGGACUGGCUACAGCUGGACCGGAGUCCAGGAAAUUUCUGCAGCAGCUGUUAGUGCAGAGCCAGUUCUCCCUGGGCUGCGCCCUGAGCUGCAGUUUGCACUUCCUCCACGAGGGGGCGUCCCAGCGCUGGCUCUGCCUGCUCCUGGCAGCAGCCCUCAGCUGGUUCCUUGCCCGGCAGGCCACAGGCCUUCUGCACCAUGUCACGGCUCUGUAUAAACUCCACAGCUCACAGCGAUACUGUGGCAUUUGCAUCGGCCUCCUCACAUCAGGCUGCCACCUGCUGCCCAUUCUUCGCAGGACGAUGAUCAUCACCUUCUUUGUGGCCGCGCUCGCUGGUGUAUCGAUUAUUAACCAACAGUUUCUUUCUGCAACGGAGGCUCUUAGGUUUUGGACACCACUGACUAUCUGCUAUACUCUGUUGGUGGUGUACAUGCAGGAGGAGCAGCAUCGUCUGCCCACCGGUCAGGCCGUCUUUAAUGCAGUAGUAGUGCGUCUCGGGGGCUUGAUGGUCCUGAUGCUGACUGUGGGACGAUGGGCAGACGUGCUCCACAUACUAAUGUGUUUCCUGGGUGAGGCCAGCUGUUUAAUCCCAAAUUUGGAUUUGCUGGAUGCGGCAUCCUCACAGGAUGAGGAGGAUUAUAUUAACUAUGCGAAGAGAGAGCGUCGACAAAGGCCACGACUACAUGAAGAGCAUCAGAGAUAGACAUAGUUAGGAAACAUCCUAUUCCCAUAUCAAUUACAGUAAAACAAUAUUUUCAUUCAAAUGUAUGUUUUCUUAAUAAUCUAUGUGCAUCUCCUCUGUAGUAGCCUUCUACCUGGAAUUUACUCCAUUGCACUGUGGUGUAUUUUACUUUGUGGUUCUUCAUGUUUGUAUGAAGGAAUACAUGUAUAUUUAAAAUAUAACUUUUCUCUCAUUAUCAUUUCAUUAACACAGCCUGUAGGUGUCGAUGUCAUUUAGGGCAACUGAGAACAUUUAAAAGAUGUCUACUGGGAAAAUAAAGGUUUUGUCUGCUUUUAGUGGCCUUUUGAUAGAUGGUCAAAAAGUGCGUUUUAUAUAUUAAACAAGAAAUAUAUUAUUUUUUAGCCGUCAUAUCUUCACAUGAUCAUGUUUUGAUUCUAACAAAAUCACAAUAUACGUUUUGUUUAGCUAUUGAAUAAAUUC